ACCAUGACCUCCAAUCUUACUGACAUCAGGAAAUCGGUAUCAAAUAGUACUGAACCACAAUCUGCUUGCCUUCAGAUUGCGGAGUAUACCAUUUUCACUGCUAUUUUUCUUAUCAGUGUGGCAGGCAAUAUUCUUGUCUGCCUGGUGAUCUUAAAAACGCCGCGCAUGCGCACUACGAGAAACUACCUAUUGGUCAAUUUAGCUGUGUCGGAUUUAACCAUGUCACUUCUGUGCAUACCAUUUGAUGUCGCACUGAAGAUAACAUCUCCCCUCUGGCCUUUGGGUUCCAUCAUGUGUAACAUACUGUGGCCCGCCAUGACUUUGGUAACAAACUGCUCAGCCGCAACACUGGCUGCCAUAAGUUUAGACAGAUACCGAGCCGUCGUUCAUCCUUGGAAGCCGCGUUUCACGUCAUUCCAAACAUCUGUAAUAAUUGUAGUCACGUGGUCAGUGUCAUUCAUGCUCGUGCUACCAUACGCGCUGGUACUAAAAAUUCAAAAUGGCUAUUGUGCAGAAGAUUGGCCUCAUCCAGUGGCUGUAAAGGCAUACACUGUAGGUUUGUUUAUCUUCCAAUAUGCCCUGCCGCUUCUCAUAAUAACUUUCGCCUAUACGAUGGUGGGGAGGAAACUGCGUCACCAAGCUGCGCGCAUUGCAAGGAAUCGUUACGCAAGUGGCGUCCUCGUGGUAGGUUACAGUUCGAUGAAGAGUAAUUGUCAGCAGAACGCGAUGAGUGAAGUUUAUUCCGUAUCGUCUCCUAGCGUAGCACGUGUUUUUGAAUUUAAAAACACGUUCAGUGAUCCUGCAAAACGAGAGCUAGUUCCGCUAAAGUUUGAGAAGACGCCAUGCGACAAAAAGGAAAUGAAAAGGCUGGAACGCAACACGAAGAUCAUGAAGAUGCUAGUGAUGGUUGUUCUACUGUAUGCCAUAUGUCUCUUGCCCAAUCAAGUGGUUUGGCUGUGGUAUGAGUUUGGAAACUUACAGAACUGGCCACACUUCAGCAAGCUCCUGACUUUUGGCAGUAUUAUGGUAUAUAUCAACAGCUGUGUGAAUCCAUUGUUGUAUGCUGGCAUGAAUGAAGACUUCAGGAAAGGUUUCUGCAGGAUUCUGCGCUGCAGAUGGAAGCCUCCCUUUAUGACACGAGUAUGAGAGUUUUCUAGAACUUCUGCUCAGAAAAGUCGACAAUAAAACUGAGAAGAUAAAUUUCUGAUUUAAAGAGGCCUUUCAAAGCUCAGAAGCACCAGUUUGCUAUCAAGCUUAGAAAAGUUCUUAAUUAAUCUACGUCGUGAGUUCUGUUUUCAAAUGAAAGUGUUAUUGUUUUAAGGCUAAAUAUCUCCUUUCAGAAUCUUCUGAGGGGGAUGGGUUACAUCUCAGGUUUUUGAAGAUAUCUCAAGAUCAGAGUAUCGUUGGUUAAUUCGAAAUGUACGUAAUGGGCUAUGCUUGUUUAAUACACUAUUACAAAAUAUUUUCCCUUCUCUCAAAUGCUAAAUCUGAUUUUUUUUACAACUCGUAAUCCAAAAUGCGAUUAGAAUUUUACGUUUUUUCUCUUUAGGGUGUGUUGUAAAUUCGGAAAUACAAAACUAAACGAUGCCAAUAAUUCUAACAAAAUAACGAAGUAAUUCUUUAUAAAUUAUUAGGUGUUUAGGUUGGUGGAGCUCUUUUAUACCUAUGAUCGGCAAGGGCACCAUGCCUGUCAAGAGCUUGAGCACUAUGUUAUAAUUAUUACGGAAAAGUAAUUAAUAAAAUAUA